CGCUGCUAUGGAAACACGUAAACGUAAACUUGGAGUGGAGACGCGUGAAGGCGACGUGCUUCAUGCGUUCGUAAACAGUCAUGUCCACACGAAUCGACCACCUCGCCAGGCCCAGACCAAACCUGCUCAAAUUCCCAGACAGGCACUCAGUAUACUGGCUUGAUGAACUACCAAAGUCAAAAAACACCUCCACGACUGUCUUUGAACUGACCCCGCGCUUAGAGCAGCUCGCCCAAAGCAAAAACAACAGCCGUUUCUUUCAGGAGAGCAGAAGGACACCGGAAUGGAUGGUUAGCACAGCAGCAUUGAAAGCCUGUCCUUCUCAGAGGGUGUGUUCGCUCGCACUGCCUCGUCUGCCUGCUGAAGGCUGGGAGUCUGAUCGCCCCCUUCCGGUCACUUUGAGUGUUGCAGUUAAAACUGCCGAGGCGAGCCCAAGGGUCUGCCAAUUGGCCCAUCCAAAGCGGGCGAAGAUGGUGUUGAGUCACUUCAGGGUCGAUUCAAAUGCCCAUGCAGAAACCUUUCCCAUGACCACACCCUUUGCACCCUCCGCUCAUAUACUGCAGCUGUCCUCUCCUAAACAGGUUCAUCCUCAGCACACCAUUGCCAGGCCAGUAUCGUGGCCUGUUCCAGAUUGUGUUCUGAAGGCUGUAGCCAGUGAGAGACUGCAAGUACUGGCUCGACCCAAGACCCGUCAGGCCCUGUUUGAGGGAUACAAACCUAACAGGAUAACUCCUGCUGCUCGCGCCGCCACUGCCUCCCCAAGACUACUGGAGCUGUCUUUACCCUUACCACGGAAAUGUAAAGGCCAAUAAAUAACCAUCCCUGAAUUUCUAGAAGCAAAAACGCUUUUAAACUGUUUAGAAACAAUCAUUCUGGUUUAAA